AUGGCGCUUGCCUUGCGUACCUGGGCUUCCCGGGCAUCCCUGCACCAGCUUGGCAUGCGAUGCUGCUCUGGUGCGUCCCGCUUGCCACCCUGCUCACCCACAUCGGGCAUGACGGCGGAUCAGCGAGAGCUUUACGACCGCAUCAUCGACGAUCGUGGAAAGACCGGUGCGAAAGGCGGCUUUGCUGUUACGAACGAGGAUGGCUCCCUGGUGGGUCCUUGGAACGCCAUGGUCAGCUCCCCUCAAAUCGGUGGCCUCGCCGAGCGAAUGGGCAGCUUCUGUCGUCAUCACAACAAAUGCCCAGCAGACCUUUAUGAGAUUGGCAUCCUCGUCGUCGGGGCCCAGUGGCUUUCGCAGUUUGAGUGGUUUGCCCAUGAGAAGUUGGCCCUCAAAGCCGGUGUAGUCCCGGAGGCCAUCGCCAGCAUCAAAGCGAAUGUGGAUCCUGGUUCAGCUGAUGGGAUGACGCCGCAGCAACGCGCAGUUUAUGCAUAUGCAGUCGAGCUCCACGCCACGAAGCGCGUCUCAGAUCAAACCCACGAAGCUGCCUUGGCCGCGGUCGGUGGGGAGCAAGCCCUCAUUGACCUGGUCUUCACUAUGGGUUUCUACCACCAGAUAUCGAUGACUUUGAACGCCUUCCGUGUUCCGCUGCCGGAAGGGGUCACACCUCCUUUCAAAGAGCCGACGCCCUGA